AUGUCUUUAAUUAAGGUCAUCUUCUUGAUUUUCUCUUUGUCGCUAUUGGGGCUUGGGCAAGCUAAGCUACCUUCGUUCAUACAUAAGGCUCCACCCAUUCCCCCUCCUAGCGAGGAAACACUCGUGAAAAGGGAUUCAGUUCCUGCGGGAUAUGUUGCUGUUCCAUAUUACCCUUCGCCGAAAGGUGGUUGGGUUAGUAGCUGGACAUCAGCAUAUGCAAAGGCACAAACUGUAGUUGCACAAAUGACAUUGGCCGAAAAGGUCAAUCUCACGACUGGAAUUGGAGAACUUAUGGGAAGAUGUGUUGGCAAUACAGGCUCUGCACUAAGAUUCGGUAUUCCCAGUCUUUGUUUACAAGACUCGGCACUUGGUAUAGCUGCAACCGACUUCAAUACUGCUUUCCCCGCCGGCAUUACCACCGGUGCAACAUGGAGCAAAGAUUUAGCCUAUCAACGAGGUCUCGCGCUAGGUGCAGAAGCACGAGGAAAGGGGGUCAACAUUCUUCUAGGUCCAACAAUUGGUCCAAUUGGAAGGAAACCGCGUGGUGGUCGAAAUUGGGAAGGAUUUGGCGCUGACCCCGUCCUUCAAGGAGUAGGCGCUGCCCAAACAAUCAAUGGAAUUCAAGCGAAUGGCGUCAUAUCAGUUCUCAAGCACUUCAUUGGAAAUGAACAAGAAGCAUACCGAAUGGAUAUCAUCCCUCAUGGGUUGAUGAAAGCUCUCAGUAGUAAUAUCGAUGACAGAACUCUUCAUGAGUUUUAUAUGUGGCCCUUUGCGGAGGGUAUUAGAGCUGGAGUUGGAGCUGUUAUGACAAGUUACAAUGAUGUCAACGGAAGCGCGGCAAGUCAGAAUUCCUACCUGAUCAAUAACCUUCUCAAGGAUGAACUUGGCUUCCAAGGCCUGGUUAUGACGGAUUGGCUAGCCCAGAUUGGUGGUGUCUCGUCUGCUUUGGCUGGUCUCGACAUGGCCAUGCCUGGGGAUGGUGGAAUUCCCUUCCUCGGCGAAGCAUACUGGGCAUAUGAACUCUCAACUGCUAUUUUGAACGGAACUGUUCCAGUCGAUCGAUUGAAUGAUAUGGUUACCCGAAUCGUUGCAACUUGGUAUCAACUUGGACAGGACAAAAGUUUUCCGCCACCAAAUUUCUCCGCGAAUACUUUGGACACUAACGGACCAUGUUAUCCAGCAGCAUUGUUUUCUCCAACAUGCACGGUAAACUCACAUGUAAACGUUCAAUCCGAUCAUGCUGUCAUUUCUCAAAAUAUCUCGAGAGAAGCAAUAACCCUUUUGAAAAAUGUCAAUAACACGCUACCUCUCUCAACCUCCUCAGCUUUGAAAGUUUUUGGUUCAGAUUCCGCAAAUAAUCCUGCAGGUCCUAAUGCUUGCAAUCAAAGGGGUUGUGAUAUCGGUACUCUCGGCAUGGGGUGGGGUUCAGGCACUGCUAAUUAUCCAUACCUUGAUGCACCUAUUGAUGCAAUCAAGCGAAAAGCUUCUAAUGUCUAUUAUUCGAGUAGUAAUAGCUUCCCAUCUGGUUUGACUGCUCUCCCCGGGGAUAUUGCCAUUGUCUUUAUCAACAGUGAUUCUGGAGAAAAUUCAAUAACCGUGGAAGGUAACAAUGGAGAUCGUUCAUCGUCAGGGUUAUAUGCGUGGCACAAUGGCGAUGCACUUAUUCAAGCAGCCGCAGCGAAAUACUCCACUGUAGUGGUAGUUGUUCACACAGUAGGACCGAUUCUUGUUGAGAAGUGGAUAAAUCUUGCUUCGGUCAAAGCAGUACUCUUUGCCCAUCUUCCGGGUCAAGAAGCUGGAAAUUCAUUGACGGAUAUUCUUUUCGGUGCAUACUCACCUAGUGGUCAUUUACCUUAUUCUAUUCCUGUCUCAGAAAGCAAUUACCCAUCCUCUGUUAGUCUUGUCGGAUUCGCGCUUGGCCAGGUUCAGGACACUUUCUCUGAAGGUCUGUAUGUCGAUUAUCGAUAUCUUAACAAGCAUGCUAUUAGCCCUCGUUUCCCAUUCGGCCACGGACUUUCCUACACUACAUUCUCAAGAACAGCUGCUCUCGCAGCCGGAAAAGCACUCACACCAGUUCCUCCGGCUCGAGCAGCUAAAGGUUCAACCCCAAUAUAUAGUGCAGCCAUUCCUUCCGCGGCAGAAGUCGCCUGGCCAGCAGGUUUCUCUGCUAUAGGACGAUAUCUCUACCCAUAUCUCGACAAUCCCUCGAACAUCAAGUCAGGUACAUUUGCCUACCCUACCGGCUAUACCAAUGUUUCCAAACCCGAUCCUCCAUCUGGUGGGUGUCAGGGUGGAAAUCCUGCACUCUGGGAUGUCAUGUUCACUCUUUCCGUCACAGUGACCAAUACUGGCCCCGUAGCUGGUAAAUCUGUCGCCCAGCUUUACGUUCAAUAUCCCUCCGAUUCUGCAUAUGACACUCCCAUCAUUCAGCUGCGAGACUAUGCUAAAACGGAGACUCUGGUUACAGGUGGGAAACAGGUUUUAUCCCUUGUAGUUACGAGAAAAGAUAUCAGUGUCUGGGAUGUGACGAAACAGAACUGGGUGAUUCCGGUCUCUACGACGAAGCCAUUUGUGUUUUGGGUUGGAGAUAGUUCGGGCAACUUAACUUUGGCUUGUGAGAGUAUUAGUGGAGCAUGUAGUGCAAGUAGGACGCCGCCUGUGGUUUAG